AUGGGGUGGAAAAGGAGAGGAGAGGAGAGGAAGAUAGCUUGGAUAGGGUGGAAUAGUGUGUCCAAGGAGAAGGGAGGUUUGGGAAUAAAGAAUUUGGUAGUCUUUAACGAUGCACUUGUGGGUAAAUGGGGUUGGAAUUUGUUGAAGGAGAAGAGUAGGGGUUGGUGUAGGAAGGCUAUUGCGGAUAUGGGAAGGUGGAGGAAUGAGGUUUGGGAUUGGGAUUUUAGGUGGAGAAGUCCUUGGUUUGCAUGGAAAAAUGAAAUGGUGGUGUUACAUUUCAUGAGCAUUGUGCAGUCCUUGAAACCUAGGCCAGGGGUAGAGGAUGAAUGGGUUUGGAAAAGAAACCCGAGGGAGGGAUACAUAGUAAGGGAGCUAGAAUUCAAACUAAUAUUUUUGGAUGGAAUUGACUUUGCCAUAGUGACAGGCUCAACCCAACAAUGGGAUGAGCUUGCCAAGGCAAUAUCAGAGUAUGGCAAACAGAAGAAGAUAUAUCUAAGUGCAGCUCCCCAGUGUCCCUUCCCAGACAAAUGGCUAAGUAGUGCUAUAGAAACUGGUCAUUUUGAUUACAUUUGGGUCCAAUUCUACAACAACCCACCAUGCCAAUACAAUGGGAAUACAGAGAAUCUCAAGACCUAUUGGAAUAAGUGGAUUGGAACCAAGGCUGGUCAAGUUUUCUUAGGGUUGCCAGCUGCACCAGAGGCAGCUGGGAGUGGUUAUAUUUCGCCUAAUGUGCUUAUUUCUGAAGUGUUACCAUUUAUUAAUGCUUCUUCUAAGUAUGGGGGUGUUAUGAUUUGGUCUAAGUUCUAUGAUAAAGGGUAUAGUACAGCUAUUAAGGCCCAUGUGUGAGGGAUAAGGCUUCAUUCCCUUUUGUCAGUUGUGUUUUUGUAGGGGAUGUUUUCUGGAUCAGUAAGAAUCAGACCCCGUGGAAAGAUUAAUGAAUAACUAUAACAAUAUAUUUUGAACAUGAAUGGCUAGUUAUCCUUGAA